GAGGCCAGCAGCGAGGGCUGGGGCUGGGCUACCUUGGCAUUACAUCCUGCUCCUGGGUGGAGGCCAGGGCUUUGCUGGGCGGAGGAAGAGGGCUUCCUUUCCUUUCCCUUCCAGGUGUGGGACUGAGUCUUUGCUUUCUGCCUGUUCUUUUCCCCACUUUUCUUUUGCGAAGGGAAAGGAGCAACAGUCCUUCUCAAGGCGUCCCUCCUGGGAACCUCCUCCUCCUUGAAACGAAAGUACAUCUCUUCUGUUGCACAAAGGUACCACAAUGGUCUUACCAUACUAACAUGGUUCAAUGGUGUUAAUUCAAGAAACGGUGGAAAUAAGAAGGAAAACAGUAUAGCAAAAUCAUCAAGGGAUUCAUAAAAAUUCCAUUCCAUUUCAGGAAAACUUGGUGGCCCAGCCAAGAAGAUAAUGCUAAAAGCACAGACUGCUAAUUCUGCCCACAUCUGAGUGAUUGUUCAGUUUUCUUUUAGUGAAAAAUGGGCAAUUCAGAAAGCCAAUACAGCCUUCAGGGAACAAAAAGUCAUGGUAAUUCUACAUCUGGUGCCAAGCAGAAGCCUUGCUCACUGAAAAUUCGCAGCAUCCAUUCUAAAGAUGAGAAGUCCUUACAUGGAUGGAAUCAUAGCAUUAGUGGCUCAAACUACAAAUCCCGAUCAUUAGCCAGAAGCUGCCUUUCUCAUUUCAAGAAUACCCAGCCUUAUUCUUCAAGAAUCACUGAUACAGCAGCGAAAACUACUAAGAGCAGCAGUCAUGCUAAACACCGAACUCACACUUCAGGGACUUAUGGCCAAGAAAGUAAUAGUGCAUUUUUGCCUGAGAAUGGUUUCCACUACAUUGAUUUUGAACCUACAAAUGACCAUGCUGCUUCCAGAGAAUGUAAUGGACAUUUCUUAAAUUGCUAUGGGAAGAAAGAGAGCCCCCCAUCAGAUGACAGAAUGAGUCCAAAGGUUCUCAUUAAGACAUUGGGAAAACUGGAUGGAUGUUUGAGGGUUGAAUUUCACAACAGCAGCAGCAAUAGCACAGUCUCAAAGGAGGAAUCCAGUGGACCAGUCCAACUCUUACGGUAUUCACCUACUUCAGAGUCUGAAAAAAACAAUGUACUUGAAGUGAAGGAAACUUUUAGUACAGACUAUCCUGGAAGCCAUCACCUGUCAGCCACUGACUCAAGACUUAGAUCCAGUAAAGGGAGCUCCAUUAGUUCAGAGUCUUCAUGGUAUGAUGCUCCAUGGGGCAAUAAUGGAGAUAUGAAUGAACUUGAUGGAUCAUACAUGUGCAGGAGCACUCCAGAUGCAAGUAUCCAAACCAGUUUUCCCCAGAGUGCUUGCAAGAAACCAUUGAACCAAAGUUCAUCUCUCUCUUCUCUUCGUGAUUUAUAUAGUAGUUCAAAUCUUAGGAGCUGUCAAGCUUCUGAUAUUGGACUUUCUGCAGAUUACAUCAACACUCGUGCAGAUUUAAGGAACCAUGUUGCAUUUACCUCCACCAUAGAUUUUCCUUCUGAGGUAGAGCGCAGAGGACUGCCACAAUACUGUUCCUACACUCUCCCCUGCAGGAAAUCUUCAGCACUUAAUGAGGAUGCAACAAAGAAGGAAACAUUAAAAAGCCGCAUGCGUCGGAUUAGUGAUUGGACAGGGAGCCUGUCAAGAAAAAAGAGGAAGCUACAGGAGCCAAAAUGUAAGGAUUUGACAGAAUACUUUGACACUGGAAUUGAAAGUUUUUCUCCAGACACACUUCUUGUUCCUUCACAUCUCACUGCUUCUCUUUGGUCACCUGGGUCUGGCCAGAUCUUUCCCCAGAGAAGUGAAUCUGCCAAUGCCCUCAGCAGUGAUGUUCUGAGACAGAACAUUUAUGAGAACUUCAUGCGAGAGCUUGACAUGAGCAGGACCAAUAUGGAAAACAUGGACACCUCCACUGAAACGGAGGACUCAAGCAGUGAAUCACUUUGCUCCUUGGAACAGUUAGAUUUGCUGUAUGAGAAAGAGCAAGGGGUUGUUCGCAAAGCUGGGUGGCUCUUCUUCAAACCGCUUGUGACCCUGCAGAAAGAGAAAAAGCUUGAGUUGGUUACACGGAGAAAAUGGAAACAAUAUUGGAUUACACUGAAAGGAUGCACCCUGCUGUUUUAUGAGACUUAUGGGAGGAAUUCAAUGGAGCAGAACACCUCACCUAGAUAUGCUCUGUUUGCAGAAGAUAGUAUAGUGCAGUCUUGUCCAGAACACCCCAAGAAGGAGAAUGUUUUUUGUCUCAGCAAUUCCUUUGGAGAUGUCUACUUAUUCCAGGCUACAAGCCAGACUGACCUUGAAAACUGGGUUACUGCCAUACACUCAGCUUCUGCUUCCCUCUUUGCAAAGAAACUUGGGAAAGAGGAUACAGUUAGGCUGCUGAAAAAUCAGACCAAAAGCCUUAUUCAAAAAAUUGACAUGGACAGCAAGAUGAAAAAGAUGGCUGAACUACAACUCUCAAUUGUUAGUGAUCCUAAAAACAGGAAAGCAAUUGAGAACCAGAUCCAGCAAUGGGAGCAGAAUCUAGAGAAGUUCAAUAUUGACCUCUUUAGGAUGCGCUGUUAUUUGGCAAGUCUGCAAGGCGGGGAGUUACCAAAUCCAAAAAGUCUUUUGGCUGCUGCCAGUCGUCCUUCAAAGAUGGCACUAGGAAGGCUUGGCAUCUUCUCAGUUUCAUCCUUUCAUGCACUGAUCUGUUCUAGAGAUGAAGCAGCCCUUAGGAAGCGUACACUGUCUCUAUCACAGAGGGUGCGGAGCAAGAAGGGUCUGUUUUCCUCUCUUAAGGGACUGGACACCCUUGCAAGAAAGACGAAAGAGAAAAGACCUUCCAUUACACAGAUUUUUGACUCAGCGGGAAUGCAUGGAUUUACUGGAAUACAACUACCUCAGAAUUCCAAUAAUUCUACUGAGAAAGUAGAUGAAUUUCUAAAUGUGUACUAUUCAGCUCCAGAGAGUACUGCAAAAGAAAAUGCCUGGGAUAUCCAAUCGUUUGUUCGCUUUCCUAAUGGCCAAGGGCUAAUACUAACUCUCAAGUCAGAACACAGAGUAGAUGAUGUCUUGACAAUGGCAUGCAAGAUUAAACACUUGGAACCAAGACAUCAUGGAUUACAACUGAGAAGACAUAUUGAUGAGAAUAUUGAGCAGUACAUUCCUGAAGCAUAUGAAUACAUACAAGAUCAGAUAUAUGAUGAAAUAGAAAUAUUUCCUCUAAGUUUCUACCAUGUGCAUCUUACUAAGAGUGAGGGUGUAACUGAUUUUGGAUUUGCUGUAACUGCACAAGCUGAUGAACAACAACAUCUCAACCAUAUCUUUGUAAGUGAUGUACUUCCUGAUGGGAUGGCUUACAGAGAAGGGUUACGUGUUGGUAAUGAAAUCUUGAUUAUAAAUGGAGAGUCUGUAUCUGAUCUUGACCUCAGACAGAUGGAGUUAUUGUUCUCUGAGAAAAGUGUGAAACUGACUUUGACUACAAAUCUCAAUUGCCAUGCAAGUGGAUUAUGCACCACAUGGUCAGAUGGUGAUAUUUCCAGGGAACCAAGAAAUUUGUUACCCCCACCUAACCAGUCACAACUCCUGGAAGAAUUUCUGGAUAGCUUCAAGGAAAAUACAGCAAAUGAUUUCAGCAAUGUGCCUGAUGUUACCACAAGUCUAAGAAGGAGCAGCACGGAUGGCACUCUGGACCAGGUUCCACAGAAGGAAAAGCUUGAGUUACCUUUCAAGAGUGCUGAACAAAUUUCAGUGUUGUGCCCACACUUCCAUGAAGCUCAAGUAAAUGGUAUGGAAGCAGUAAAGGACACCCCCCUGCUAAAACCACUGACACGACAACUUACAGAUGCUGACAGACUUCGAAAGGUCAUUCAGGAGCUUGUGGACACAGAGAAAUCCUAUGUAAAGGAUCUCAGCUGCCUCUUUCAAUUAUACUUGGAGCCUCUUCAAAGUGAGACCUUCCUCACUCAAGAUGAGAUGGAAUCUUUGUUUGGGAGUUUGCCAGAAAUGCUGGAUUUUCAAAAAGUAUUUUUAGAGACCCUGGAAGACGGAAUAUCCUCCUGUUCUGAUUUUAACAUACUUGAAACUCCUUCUCAGUUCCGGAAACUGCUGUUCUCUCUGGGAGGUUCUUUCCUGUAUUACGCUGACCAUUUCAAACUGUACAGUGGAUUCUGUGCAAACCAUAUCAAGGUCCAGAAAGUUCUUGAACGAGCCAAAACAGAUAAAGCCUUUAAGGCGUUUCUGGAUGCUCGAAACCCCACCAACCAGCAUUCGUCCACACUGGAAUCCUUUCUCAUCAAGCCAGUUCAAAGAGUGCUAAAAUAUCCAUUGCUUCUGAAAGAGUUGGUAUCCCUGACCGACACUGAAAGUGAGGAGCAUUACCAUCUCACAGAAGCCUUGAAGGCAAUGGAAAAGGUGGCCAGUCACAUCAAUGAAAUGCAGAAGAUUUAUGAAGAUUAUGGAGCAGUGUUUGACCAACUAGUUGCAGAUCAGAGUGGAACCGAGAAGGAGGUCACAGAGCUUUCCAUGGGAGAGCUUCUAUUGCACUCCACAGUUUCAUGGCUGAAUCCAUUUCCAUCAUUAAGUAAAACAAGAAAGGACCUGGAACUCACUGUGUUUGUGUUCAAAAGGGCUGUCAUACUGGUGUAUAAAGAGAACUUCAAACUCAAAAAGAAGUUGGCAACUAAUGUCCGUCCUACACAUGGUGACUUGGAUUUGUUUAAAUUCCGUUGGUUGAUUCCUUUAUCUGCACUUCAAGUUCGACUGGGCAAUACAGCAGGAACAGAAAACAACUGCAUUUGGGAACUGAUUCAUAUAAAGUCAGAAUUGGAAGGAAGGCCUGAGACAACCUUCCAGCUGUGUAGCAGUGACUGUGAAAGCAAAACCAACAUAAUCAAAGUGAUUCGUUCAAUUCUAAGAGAGAAUUUUAGGCGUCAAAUAAAAUGUGAUCUACCUUUGGAGAAAGUAUGCAAAAGUCGGCUAGUUCUGCCUAAGAAUCGAAUUCCUGUUUCAGCAAAAUUGGCAUCCUCAAGAUCCUUGAAGUUAUUGAGGAACUCUCCAGGUAAUGAAUGGAACAUAGAUGCAGCCAAAGGAAAUGAACUGGAUUCUGAUGAAUGCAGCCUGAGCAGCAGUACUCCAAGUAGCAGCUGCCAUACCACUGACAGCAUCCUGGAAUCUAAAAAUUCAUCUCCUGUGAAGCAUCUGCAGAACUGUGCAUCAGAUUUUUCAAACAGCCCUGUCAAAGAGUCUGACAUUCUAAGUGAUGAUGAAGAUGACUACCAGCAAAUUGUAAAGAAAGUCAGCCCUACAAAAGACAUAGAAAUCCAUUUCCAGCGGCUAAAGAUUUCUGAGAAUCCAAGCAAUGAUACUGAGGAAAGGUAUCCUUCUGAAAAAGAGAGUGUUGAUGAACGUAAGACAGGAGAACAUCCUAAACUAGUGCGUGCACACUUUUGUCCCAUUAAGCGGAAGGCAAACAGUACAAGACGUGAUAAAGGAACAUUACUGGCAAUGCAAGAACGGCACCAGUCUCUUGACAGUCAUCCUGAUGCUGCAAAUUUUGACUUGAAUUCUAUUUUAGAAAGGGAAUUUAGUGUACAAAGUUUAACUUCAGUAGUUAACGAGGACUGUUUUUAUGAAACAGUAGACAGGCAUGGAAAGUCCUAGCUGCCUGAAAACGGUUAUUUCCCCCAUCCCAUAAGAUUUUAUUUACAUAUUUUUCUUAAACUGGUGAUCGUUACAAAAAAGAACUGUUAACUCUUCAAUUUAAUGCACUACUGUGGUAGCACACAGAAGUAGUUGUAAAGGCUUAAGUUAUUUUAAUUUAUUACAGAACAGACAAAUUAGAUUAAGCUACCCUGAAUUUACAAAUUCUGUAAAUUAAUCUACUGCUUUCAAAUAAUGUUAGAUUACAUUUUUAAAAUUAGCAAAAAAGGGGAUAAAACAGUUAAAAUCUACAUCUUUUGCAAGAAUUCAAGCAGCUUUGUUUGACCAUUUAUGUUUGUUAGAUUUUGCUUUAUUUAAAGCAGAAUUAAGUUAUUUUAAUUCAUUACAAAAAUAAUGUUGCACUAUGAUGUAAUAUGUUGUUUAUACUUGAUUUUAUAUAUAUAUGUAAAUAUGGAAGUCUGUACUGUAACCUUGUAUUUUUAUUUUCUCUACAAGUUUGUACAGUAAAAUGUUCAAUGCAGUAGGCAUAGUGUUUGUUUCACACCUCUCUUUAUGAAGUUUCAAAUUCAUUAUUUUCGUUUUUGGGACAUUUCAGUUUUUUCCUAAUACUUGAUUAUUGGGUGACAAUCACAGAUUGAGCAUAUCAUUUAACUGAACCUGGAAUAGGAUUUUUACUUUAUUUUGAGUAGUAUAUUACAGGGGGCCCUUGGUAUCUGCUGGGGUUUGGUUCCAGCUCCU